AUGAAGCGUGCGGCCACCGACGUGGCGUCGUCGAAGCGUGCGGCCACCGACGUGGCGUCGUCGAAGCGUGCGGCCACCAACGUGGCGUCGAAGCGUGCGGCCACCAACGUGGCGUCGUCGAAGCGUGCGGCCACCGACGUGGCGUUGUUGAAGCGUGCAGCCACCGACGUGGCGUCGUCGAAGCGUGCGGCCACCGACGUGGCGUCGUUGAAUUAUUGGUUCAUUCAAGACUACAGGGAGCUGGGGCUGGAGCAGCAGGCUGAUGUGUCCCUAAAGAGCCUGUUCGAGCAGGUGCGCCCUACAGGUGAAGCGGUGGACAGUGCGUGUGGGUACUUCCUUCAGGAGUCACUGUUGGUGGCCCAUGACGACUGGGGGGUGGCGAGGCUAAGGCAGCGUGCGCAGUUGAUAGGUUUCUGUGUGCACCAGUUGCUGGACGGAGGAGUGGACCGGGACGGAGGAGUUGGAGGACGCGCUGGUGGCCGUUCUUUCUUUUGGCGCCUCGUUGCAGGGUUCCUUUGGGGGAACCUGCAUUUUAAGGGCGGGGGUGUGACGGCCCCCUCUGCUGGGCCUGUGGUGGCAGUGUUCAUAUGA